AUGAAGAAACAAGUUUGCUCAAAUAUUUUCAUUCUCAUCAUUUUGUUUCUUGGUUCAAAUCACUUGGGUGUUGAAGCUCAACCUUGCAAACCAAGCGGGUGGUUAAGGGGAAGAGAGCCUCCUCCAAAAAUAUGCAACCCUGAAAAUGAUUCCGAAUGCUGCAUAGAAGGCCGUCCCUGCACAACCUACAAGUGCUCGACUCCCGUUUCCCAUCGAACGAAAGCUAAACUAACUCUCAACAGCUUUGAAAAAGGCGGUGAUGGUGGUGGGCCAUCCGAGUGUGAUAAGAACUGCCAUUCGGAUAAUACUCCACUGGUGGCGCUGUCGACAGGGUGGUUCAACCGCAGGCACAGGUGCUUUGAAAAUAUUACUAUUUACGCUAACAGAAGAAGUGUCAAGGCCAUGGUUGUGGAUGAGUGCGACUCCACUAAGGGAUGUGAUCCUGCUCACGAUUAUCAACCUCCGUGCCCCAACAACAUUGUCGAUGCCGCCGAAGCUGUCCGGAAGGCAUUAGGAGUGCCAAGGCAUGACUGGGGUGAGCUUGAUAUUUACUGGUCUGAUGAACGAGUGCCAUUGCAAGAACCACUGGCCCUUUUGGGGUUCUUCCCAUCCAUGGUUUGCCAGAAGAUGAUAGUGUGCGUUGGAUACAUUUCAAUCUCGUUUUCUUGUCUUGGUUUCACUCUCACUUACUAUGGCUAA